AUGGUAGCCAUCCCUUCUAGCUGCUCUGUGGCUACCCAUGACUACUGUUAGAGACGUCUGGGCUCCUUGUCCAACAACAGCUCCAGCGGAAGUGCAGAGUACCCGGGGGAUGCCGUGGCCCAUUCCUCAGCUUCUUUUUUGAGAAAUCCACUCUCCCAUUCAUGGCCACAGUGUUGGAGUCUCCUGAGCACUCAGCAGAAUCCCCUCAGGCCUCCAGAAGCCCGAUCACCUGAAGCCUGA